AUGUCUGAUACAAUGGCCGCUCCUUCUUCAUCUCCUCCAUCCUCGCCGGGCAACACUCCCCUAGGACGGGUCAUAAUAGAUCCCUACCCCACAACAAGCCUGGAGUUUCGUUAUAAAAAUCUUCAGCAAUGUAUUGACGAUAUUUCAUCAGCGAUGACCAGUUUCACGGAUGGUUCUCGAGCUGAUGGAUCGUGGAUGAUUUUUUCCGGCGUUGAUGAACGUGCAUUUGAAGAUAUCUCCAACUCCGAGAACGCGAUUUUAUCAAUCUGUUCAAAGUUUUUCAACCCGACUGGAAACCUACUCAUUUUCAAAAUGGAGUCCCUAUGGCACAGUACAACAACCAUGGCUGUUACUAGAUGGAUUGACCGAACGGCGCAUGCAAUGAAUGUGGAAUCCGAAAUGCUCAUUACUGGAACGGGAAUUCACAAGCUCUCGGUGCUGGAUGAGGAUGGCCGGCCUUCGGUGUCUGAGGGAAGCGUCAGCACGAUCCAAAAAAAAGCCGACCAAACAAUAUAUCCAUUCACCUGUCCUACCUCUCGGCCAAUGAAAUGGCCAUCGUUCGUGCUUGAAGUGACAUACACCGAACAGAGAGCCAGAGUCCAGGAAGAUAUGCGGUUGUGGCUAAGAGCUACAGAAGGGCAGGUCGAAUUCGCGAUGACUGCUAGCGUGCAACCGACUAGCAAACGAAUCACACUCGAGCAGUGGGAGCUGAAACCUCAGCCCACCAGAGACCACCCCAAGCGACUUAUCGCACACCCAGUUCAGAAAAUGUGGAUCCAAAAACCACGACAGACUGGCCAGAAGCCUAUUGUCGGCGGGAGGUUCGAAAUUCCGUUCCGGAGCAUCUUCCUUCGAGAACCACAAGGUAGCGAGGCUGAUUUCCUCAUGACUAAUGAGGAAAUUGAAAGGAUUGCUCGGGAUGUAUGGAGGGUAGACACGAUCAUCGACGCCAAUAGAUAG